CGAACCUGUACAGUAGUGUCCACACCUUAUCACUUUGAAGUGCGCAUGGUCAAAGUUAACUUCACAGAAGACCUCAACAACAGAGAUUCCUUAGCGUUCAGGACCCUGGCCUACAGGGUCACCACGGUGAUUUACACCUACCUGAAACAGAGCACCCUCGCUAACGUCAUUCUGAGCGUCAGCAUCACGAGGUUCCGUCCCGGCAGCGUCAUCGCCGACUACAACGUCAACGUCAACUCCAGCGCCGCUGAUGACGUCAACGGCACCGACAUCGCCGCGGCCCUGCGGACAGCCAUCAGGAACGACUCCACUAACAACGACAGUCUGGGGAUACAACGGGCGUCACUGUGUCAAAAAGAGUCCGAAGACCAGAUUUGCGGACAGGUGGACUACGAACUCUCCGUUGUUGUGAAACUGUUGGCAGCCAUGGGGGGCUUCCUAGUGGUGAUCCUUCUGACUGUCGUCUGCAAAGGGUCGUUAAAGGAGUCCUCCAAACGGAGCUCCAGACACAAGUGGUCCGUGUACAAGACAGAGGCUCAUAACUACAUGUACAUUCCAAGAAUAAGGUAAUACCACAAUCCUAUGGUACCGUCUGUAGCUACACUGGGUCAAUGAUG